GUUUGAGCCCUACAGGCCCCCGUAGCACCCGGGCUGCCGCGCCGUCCCGGCUGCCCCCUCGGCGUUCCCACGCCUGCUUAGCCGGGCUCUUGCCCUCCACGUCAGGGCCCGGACCUUCGAGAUGGCGGCUCAGAAGAUAAAUGAGGGGCUGGAGCACCUAGCCAAAGCAGAGAAAUACCUGAAAACUGGUUUUUUAAAAUGGAAGCCAGAUUAUGACAGUGCCGCUUCUGAAUAUGGAAAAGCAGCUGUUGCUUUUAAAAAUGCCAAACAGUUUGAGCAAGCAAAAGAUGCCUGCCUGCGAGAAGCUGUUGCUCACGAGAAUAACAGGGCUCUUUUUCAUGCUGCCAAAGCUUAUGAGCAAGCUGGCAUGAUGCUGAAGGAGAUGCAGAAACUACCAGAAGCUGUUCAGCUGAUCGAGAAAGCCAGCAUGAUGUAUCUGGAAAACGGCACCCCUGACACGGCAGCCAUGGCUUUGGAACGUGCUGGAAAGCUUAUAGAAAAUGUAGAUCCAGAAAAGGCUGUGCAGUUAUAUCAGCAGACAGCUAAUGUGUUUGAAAAUGAGGAACGCUUACGACAGGCAGUUGAAUUACUAGGAAAAGCCUCCAGAUUGCUGGUCCGAGGACGCAGGUUUGAUGAGGCAGCACUUUCUAUUCAGAAAGAAAAAAAUAUUUAUAAGGAGAUUGAGAAUUAUCCAACUUGUUAUAAGAAAACGAUCGCUCAAGUCUUAGUUCACUUGCACAGAAGUGACUACGUGGCCGCAGAGAGGUGCGUCAGGGAGAGCUACAGCAUUCCAGGGUUCAGCGGGAGUGAAGACUGCGCCGCACUGGAGCAGCUCCUUGAAGGCUAUGACCAGCAAGACCAAGACCAGGUGUCGGAGGUCUGCAACUCACCCCUUUUCAAGUACAUGGACAAUGAUUAUGCUAAGCUGGGCCUGAGUUUGGUGGUUCCAGGAGGGGGAAUCAAGAAGAAAUCUGCAACACCACAGGCCAAGUCUGAAGGCGCCGCUGCCCCCGCCGCUGAGGAAGAUGAGGACGAGUAUGCGGGAGGCCUGUGCUAGGGUCUUGCUCUGCGGAAAGGAAGAGAAAUUCCUGACGUGCCGCUCACGGGCUUGGACCUUGUCUAAGGGGAUCUAGACGUCGCUGCAGUCCUGGUUUUGAAAAUGCUAAUAAAGACUCAUUUUUAUUCCUCAUUUCUCUAAGUCACCCGUUGAACCCACUACCUGAAAACAUUUUUUUUUUCUUUCCAUAAGAGCCUUUCUAAGACACCCGGCAAGAAUGAACAGGCAAAUGUAUUGUCACAUUUUAAUACAGUUGAUUUUUAAAUUUGCAAGCCACAAAGGAUGUUCUAAACAAAAGGGACAGUAAGCAUAGAAAUUCUUUUCUCCUGGGCUUUUAAAAUUUAUUGUUAGAGAGUUUUCUUUGUGUUUUAUUUAGUAAUUGCUGCUAAAAAUGAAGUUUACUGGUUCAACAAGGUAGCAUUUUAAACUUUCGUUUUGAAAAGGAAAUUUAUUCCCAGUGAUACUAGAUACAUUUAAAUUAUUAAAUCUUUAAAAUUUUUCAGAGGCGAGACUGGUACAGGAUGCUAUUUUGAGCCUUACAAUAUUGUUUAGCCCAAUGAAAGAUACAUUUAAGGUCUUACAUGUAAAUGGAAUCUUUUGAAAGUAUAUUUAACUCCUCUUUGAAGUACAUUUUUCCCCCUAAAAAAACAUAGCGGCUCUCCCCAAAUCCACUUGGUUUUGACUAAAUGGGAACGAAUGAGGACUGUUUUAUGCAUUCUAAUUCCAUCAAUCUAGAACAUUUCUUCCCUCCCAAAUAAUUUUCGAUUCACUUAGAGCUGUAACAGGACAGUAACUUGACGUGGAGAAUGCCACAUGCUAUAGACAUUUAGCUGAAAGGGCAGAAUUGUUUCUGAAGUGCUCCUGUUUAAAGGACUGACCACUGCCAGCAGUUUAGUCCUGGUGGGUAUUCCUAAAAGAUGAUUUUUGAAGCAUUCCUUUUUCACCUGUGUGGCAUGGCCCUAUCUCCGAAUCUGCUGAGUGGAAAGAGGCCCCGCUCAGCAGCAGGGUGCAUUCUGCGGGCAGAUGCCACCCAGGGUGGUUUCCCAUCCCCACGUCCUGUGUCCUCCCGGAGCCGGGCCUUAUGGAGUGCAGUGUGUGUCUGUUCGCUGCUCCCUGAAGACCCGGGGGCCCAGGGCCGAUCCGUCACAAGGAGUGCUGUUUAGCCCUGGUUGCCUCCGAGGGAUAGGAGGGUGUACUCAGGACGGUAUCUUCAUGUGGCAGGUGCUCUUGGGUGAGGAGUGGGUGGGGAGAAAUACUGACUGAAGCUCCAAUUUAAAACACUAACAAAUACAGCGUUUGGAUUCCCCAAGUUCCCUCCACAGUUCUGGUAGCAGCCCGUUUCCACUAGUUCUGUACAGAUUAGCUUGGAACAGUCACAGUAAAGCUGCAUUGAGAUAUUUGUACCUGAAUGACACACUGAUACUUCCAGGAUCCCGCCUUCGCUGCUGUGCCCUUUGGAUCUAGUCGGAAACUUCAGGAAUCUCAUGUUCAUGCUCUUGUGAACUAAGCAACUAUCUGUCUAAACAGAUUCGGCAGCACUUGAAAGAUAUUUUGGACCGUUUGUUUGAAGACUAUAUUAGCCAUUGCAGCCUUGGAAAAAUUGGUCACUUUUACAUUCUAAAACCGAGGAGUGAUUCAGCGCAUUCGGUAUCAGCAGGGCAGCUGACCCUAAACAACAUAAAAGGCUCUGUUUUUUCCAAGUGCAGCUUCUCUCCCCCUCCCUGUCCACGCCUAGGGGCUCACGUGCAGGACUUGGGGCUACGGUGUCCAGGAAAGAGCCCUUGCUCCAUCGUCACGUAUUUUGUUUUUCCACGCAUAGAAGUCUUUAUCCCGAGUGUGGACAGAAGUGGGAAACGUGUGUUUACAGCAGGAAACACUUUUCCAGAGCUCGUGUCCUCCCGUUUACCAAAGUGGAAGUCUGCAUGAGUAUGCUCAGAAUUGAAUACUCAAUGUUCUAUUAUAUCGUAAGUGAAGUCAAUCUACAAUUAUAUUUAAUAUAUUGAGUUUAUUUGUACAUAUGCAAAGUAUGUAUGGUAUUUGUGUAUGGAAUCUGUGCUUCCUCCCUAUUUUUUCCAGUUCUUUGAUGAGUAAAUAUUGAAUGUGUUGUUAAGGAAAUGUAGAUUAUUGCUUCUAUAGGAAGAUAAUUAUGAAAAUAAAAUCUGAAACUAUGUAA